CAACAAGAUCACAUUUAAGUAAUUCUGUUUGAUUCAUCAAUAAACAUAUAGUUCCUCCUAUCAUUUCAGUAUAUAAUCAGUAACAUUAAUUGCCUUGGCUAAGUUAAACAAUGACAGUAAAAGGCGGCACAAGCCCUGCUUGUGCUGCUUGCAAGUACCAAAGAAGAAAGUGUUCUUCAGAGUGUGUUUUAGCUCCUUAUUUCCCAGCGAAUCAGCCGAAAAUGUUCCAAAACGCGCAUAGGCUUUUCGGGGUAUGCAACAUCAUGAAGAUCCUCAGGCAAUUGGACGACAACGAUCAAAAGGCGGACGCCAUGAAGUCCAUCAUCUUCGAGGCCGACAUGUGGGAGAAAUUCCCCGUCUAUGGUUGUGUUGAAUACAUUUGUCACCUCCGUCAACAAUUGGAGCUCGCGCUCGAAGAACUUCGUUAUGUCUAUGCCCAACUUGCCAUCUACAGGGAACAACACCAACACUUAGCCUCUACUAAUUCUACAACGGGUCCAUUUUUCACUAGCGAUGGAGAAUUCAGUGAGGGAGGGCCGAAAACUUUGCUGGGUACUUCUGGUUCUCUGUUUGAUAUGAAAAUUAAUAAUCAUGUUGUUAAUACUAACUAUGACCAGCAGAUCAAUUCACUAGCAUUUCCAACAUCCAAUCAACGAGACAUCUCUCAGGAUUAUGAGUGCCUUAUUAACCCCUUCAACAAUAUCAUGGCCGACGAUAGGCAAUCUUAUGUUGAAACUAAGGAAGCAUGUGACUCGAGCUCUGAAUCAUCUAAAUCCCUGGAGAAUUUAUCUCAGAAUGAGCUAAGGAAUGCAGCUGCCUGCUUCAGCCUGACCAGUAAUACUGUCACCUUGUGACAAGAAUUGCCCAUUGCUUUCUUUUUUCCUUGUAAUUUGACCUUUGC